AGACCGGAAGCCACCCUGGGCGUCGCCAUCUUGAAGCGACGGGCGGUCGCCCGCUGCAUAAAGAAUAAUUGUUAUAUUUCAACGCAGAAAUGUCAGUGACAAAUGUCCGGACUCAACAACUUUUAAUAUAACUGUGAGACAUUAAGCACUGAAUCAUUCAGACACGGCGGGGAGAGACGGCCGGGGUGGGGGUGGUGGGCAUCGCGCUCCGGAGGGCGGUUUCCGGCCGCCAUUUUGGGUUGAAAGUGAGGCGGAGCCGCGAGGUGACUGAUUGGGGAGAAAAGAACCAAACUGAGAGACAAAGAGCAGCAGCAGCGGGUGCCGACGUCCCGCUGUGUCUCGGGGAUUCAGGGCCUGGUGUUGACACGGCGCCUGCUGCUCCGGGACGAUUUGCUUUCGCCCUCCAAUUUCUGGGAUGACCUGUGACCCGGAAGUGGUGGCGGGCGGCGGCGGCGGCGUUACCCUGGAGACGCGGGAUGGAGAGUACAAUGACCUCUAUGUAUUUGAGCUGCAGGAUCCCACCCAGGUCAUCGAGUGGAUUCAGGACAGGAGUGUCUGUGUCGCUGGCUAUGAUACAAAAAAGAGAAAUGAAAUCCUUCAGCUUUCGUUGCCCCCAAAGCUGUGUGCUGGGGUGAGGCAGGGGCUGUGUCCAGAAAGAGAUUUCCGAGUGGAGCACGGUGGCUUCUCCAACCGGCCUGUGCACCAAUUGAAGCACGUUUCAGGGACCAGGUUGCUGGUGAGCGCUGGGCCUCCAGACGCCUCGCUGCUGGUGUGGAGAGUGGGAGCGGAGGAGAGAGACACCAUAGAGUUGGUGAGCACCAUACACAGCCCAGAGGAGACCUGGCCACAGAUAGCCACCAGCUGCUCACUAUCACCCCGCCUGCUCCAUGGCUCACAGCUCAACAACGUGAAGAUCCACGAUGUGGAAACCCAGAAGCUGCUGUUCACACUUGACUCGGCCCUGACAGAGCCGCUCAGCGGGCUGCACCUCACAGACUCCGACACCUUUGUCCUCUGCUCCGCUCGGGAUGGUUGCCUGUGGCUGGGGGACUGGCGGCAGCGCCCGGCUCUGGCUGGAAGCUCAGAGGUGCCCGCUAGUAUGGGCAGGGCCUCCCGUUGGGUGAUGGCCCCGGGGCCGGGGCCCGAUCUGAGCCUCUCCCCCACCGCCCGGCUCUCGUCAGCAGGCAGCUUAGUACUGACAGAUCUGCGGGACUUCAACAAGCCACUGAGCUGCGCUGAGAUGAAGCUUUCCUCACAUUCCCCCAACCCUGAGCACCUGUGUGUGGCCCGGGCUCCCUGCUCACAGGGCUGCCUCUCUGUCUCCGGGUUUGACGGGACGGUACAUGUGUAUGAGAGCAGUGCCUGGACGGUGGCGUCGGGUGAGGUGCAGCCUCUGUUUGUGCACCGAGGCCAUGCGGUGAGAGAUUGCGAUGAUGAGCCCAGCGCAAUGGUCACCAAACACGUGUGGCAUCCGAACAGACCUCACACCAUCCUGUCAGCGGCCACUGACGGCUCCUUCCACAUCUGGAACUGGGUCCAACCAUCCUCCCACAGCUAGUGCUCCACCCCCCAGCUCGGCACUGCUCCGCCCCCCCCCACC